AUGACGUCAAACCGUCGCGUUGCCGUGGUAGGCGCCGGAGUGGCGGGACUAACGGCGAUCAAGUCAUGUCUGGAUGAGGGACUCGAACCCGUGUGCUUUGAGCUUCGUAGCGAUAUAGGUGGGUUGUGGAACUAUUCUGACCACUGUUACCCUGACGACGGGGCCCGUCCCUACGAAUGUCUGAUCACCAACACCAGUAAAUGGACCACCCCUUUCAGCGACUUCCCCUUUCCGGAAGAUUGUCCGCCCCUGUUUUCGUACGGCGUGUUCUUUAGUUACCUCAGAAAUUACGCCAACCACUUCGACGUGACAAAACACAUUCAGUUCGACACAAAAGUACUCUCUGUAUCCAUGGCGACCGACUAUGACGUCACCGGAAGAUGGAUUGUCGAAACUGAAAAUCAUGAGUCUGUUCGAUCGGACGUAUUCGAUUACGUCAUGGUGUGUUCCGGAUUCUGCAAGACUGCGCGCAUGCCCAAGAUAAAUGGAGUGGAGAAAUUUGGCGGGAGCUCGGAACAUUCGCAGACGUACAGAAGUAACCUGAAGUACAAAAAUAAAAGCGUUCUUAUAAUAGGCAAUGGGAAUUCAGCAGGAGAUAUCGCCGCAGACAUUAGUCAUGUAGCAAAGCAGCUAGGGCAAAAUUGUUGUUUGUGGCCAUUUAAACGUUUUACGUUUUUACCUCUAGCCAAUGGCCGACUUCGUUGCUACAAGAUGAUUUUUCCUCUCGAACACUCUCAUGACACGCUGGCUCUGAUUGGCUCAAUCUUGAAGACGGUAGGACCUGCGCCACCAGUCUACGAACUGCAGGCUAGAUUCGCCUCUCGGGUGUUUGCCGGAAAACACCAACUUCCCGCCAGAAGCAAAAUGGCUGACGAAGUUGACGAAUGUAAUGACAUGAUUAUUCGCAAGUUUGGACGAUACAAUUACAAGUUCCAGAACCUCGAGUACCGAGACCAACUGGCAGAGGAACUUGGCAUAAAGCCAACUUUUGCGGAUUUCUUGCGUAAUCCAAAGAUGGCGUGGACCUACUACGUCGACCCAGCAUUUCCGGUGCACCACAGACUUGUUGGGGCGGGGGCGUUGACAAACGCCAUGAGUAUUUGUGAUCUGGCGAGAAAAGACACCUUUGCGAAACAACUUAGAAAGUUGAAAUCCAAUAACGUCAGCGGUUCGCACAUUGUCGUUAUUUUGUUUGUUUUAACUUUGAUAGUCGCUGUCUUGUUUUUACGUUGGAUUUAAGGGCAUGGGUUGCCGUAGUUAGUUGGUAUAUUAAAGGCAUGGUGUCGCGGUAGUUGUCCUAUUGAAGGCAUGGUCGCGCGGCAGUGCACCCAAGACAGGCAUGGUCGUGUGGUAAUUGACCUAUUAAAGGCAUGGCCGCGCGAUACUUGAUCUAUUAAAGGCUUGGUCGCGCGGUAGUUGACAUAUUAAAGGGACAUUCCUGAGUUUGCUGCAAUUUUUAAGAUCUUAUUGACUAUCAGAGACUUUUUAACGGUUGUAAUUACAUAUCAAAUAUAUUUUUCUGCAUAAAAUAUUAGU